AUGGCUCAUGAUGAAAAGAAACAAUCGGCCGGGGGGGAUACGUCCCAACCGCUCUCUCAACCCGCUCACUCCCUCUCCUAUGAUGAUAUCCUCCGCGAGCUCUCCGUGAACCCCGAAGAAGGUCUCACAACGGCCGACGCCAAAAAACGUUUGAGCCAGUAUGGACCGAAUGAGCUGGAGGGCGGAGAAUCCGUCUCCCUUGUCAAAAUUGUGAUUAGACAAAUCGCCAAUGCAAUGAUGCUGGUGCUCAUCAUUGCCAUGGCUGUUAGUUUUGGUAUUCAAUCGUGGAUCGAGGGUGGUGUCAUUUGCGCAGUCAUUGCUCUCAACAUCGUGGUGGGUGUAUACCAGGACUAUGCGGCGGAGAAGACAAUGGAUUCCUUGCGCUCCCUGAGCUCUCCGACCGGUGUCGCGACUCGAGACGGCAAAACCAAUACUAUCCCCGCCUUGGAAAUCGUCCCUGGAGAUAUGAUCGAGCUUAAAGUGGGUGAUACAGUCCCUGCUGAUCUUAGACUGGUGGAUGCGAUGAAUUUUGAAACUGAUGAAGCCCUUUUGACCGGAGAAUCUUUACCUGUCCAGAAGGAGGUCAACUCUGUGUUCGAUCCAGAUACUGGUCCGGGCGAUCGUCUGAACAUUGCUUACAGUUCCUCGACCGUGACCCGCGGCCGUGCUCGUGGCGUUGUGGUGGGGACCGGAAUGAGAACGGAAAUCGGUGCGAUUGCAGCAGCUCUUCGCGCCGGUGAUUCCAAGAGACGGCCUGUCAAGCGUGGUCCUCAGGGCGAGACCAAGAAGCGUUGGUACGUGGAGGCGUGGACGCUGACCUGUACCGAUGCAGUGGGCCGUUUCUUGGGUAUUAACGUUGGCACACCCUUACAACGAAAGCUCUCCAAGUUGGCCUUGCUUCUCUUCGCCAUUGCCGUGAUCUUUGCUAUUGUUGUCAUGGGCGCAAAUGAGAUGCGCAAUGAUAAGGAAGUCAUUAUCUAUGCAGUGGCAACGGGUCUGGCUAUGAUUCCUGCUUGUCUAGUGGUGGUAUUAACUAUUACUAUGGCGGUAGGCACAAAGCAGAUGGCACAAAGGAAUGUCAUUGUCCGAAAGCUUGACUCCUUGGAAGCUCUCGGCGCUGUGACUAACAUUUGCUCAGACAAAACGGGAACUCUCACACAGGGUCGCAUGGUUGCCAAAAGGGCAUGGCUCCCAUCAUUGGGCACCUAUUCGGUGGGAUCCUCGAAUGAUCCCCUGAACCCGCAGGAAGGAGACCUGAGCUUGCUCCCUCAGCCCCCGGUCCAGGUCGAGCGUGAAGCACAAGGCGAACCUCAGGACCCGCAGGACCUCUUGAAGGAUAACAAAGUGCUGGAAGACUAUCUCAAUGUCGCUGCCCUGGCAAACCUCGCCCAUGUCCACAAGUCUGAGAAUGAUGAAUGGCAGGCGCGGGGCGAGCCAACGGAUAUCGCCAUCCAAGUCUUUGCCUCUCGUUUCAACUGGGGCCGCGAUCGCUGGACCAAGGGCGAGAAGCCCAUCUGGAGUCAAAAGGCCGAGUAUCCUUUCGAUUCGACGGUGAAGAAAAUGUCCGUGAUUUUCUCCCAAGGAGACCGCGAGAUGAUCUUCACCAAGGGUGCCGUGGAACGUGUUGUGGAUUCCUGCACAUCGGUUAUUUGGACGGCCGGUUCUGGCCCCGUUCCUCUCGAUGGAACCAUGAAAGAGGAGAUUUUGCAGAACAUGGAAGCCCUGGCGAAGGAAGGCCUUCGUGUCCUUUGCCUCGCCUGCCGGGAGAAUAACAUCCCCACCAAGGGCGGAGAGGACGUCCCUCCAAGAGAGGACGUAGAGAAGGACCUUACCUUCUGUGGAUUGAUCGGUCUUUACGAUCCCCCUCGCCCCGAAACUGCUGGUGCUAUUGAAGAAUGUUAUCGUGCGGGAAUUGCUGUUCACAUGGUAACAGGUGAUCACCCGGGUACUGCACGUGCCAUUGCAGCACAAGUUGGUAUCAUUCCUGCGAACAUGGACAGCGUCGCGAAGGAUGUGGCCGACGCGAUGGUGAUGACUGCCAGCCAGUUUGAUAAGUUGACUGAGGACGAGAUUGACAAUCUCCCCACUCUGCCGUUGGUCAUUGCUCGCUGCGCACCUCACACAAAGGUCCGCAUGAUCGAUGCGUUGCACCGUCGUGGUUGUUAUGCGGCGAUGACGGGCGACGGUGUUAACGACUCGCCGUCUCUCAAACGGGCCGAUGUUGGUAUUGCCAUGGGACAGGCAGGUUCUGAUGUAGCGAAGGAUGCUUCCGAGCUAGUCUUGAUGGAUGACAAUUUUGCUUCGAUUAUCAACGGAAUUGAAGAGGGCCGUCGUAUCUUCGAUAACAUUCAGAAAUUCGUUCUGCAUUUGUUGGCGGAAAACGUCGGACUCGCGCUCACUCUACUCAUUGGUCUUGUGUUCAAGGAUGUCAAUGGACAGUCUGUGUUUCCCAUUGCGCCUGUCGAAAUUCUCUGGAUUAUUAUGAUCACCUCCGGUCUACCUGAUAUGGGAUUGGGAAUGGAGAUCGCGGCACCAGAUAUUAUGGACCGUCCGCCCCAGAGUAAACAAGGUAUCUUCACAUGGGAAGUCAUUGUGGACACCCUUGUAUAUGGUGUCUGGAUGGCAGCGCUGUGCCUGGCAUCCUUUUCCCUGGUGAUGUAUGGAUGGGGUGAUGGCAACCUCGGAAGUGGCUGCAACAGCGGCUAUCAUGGCAACGAUAACUAUGACGGCAACUGCGACACUGUUUUCCGUGCUCGUGCGACCACCUUCGUUUGCAUGACUUGGUUCGCGCUCUUCUUGGCGUGGGAACAGAUCGACAUGCGGCGCAGUUUCUUCCGUAUGCAACCAGAUUCGAAGAAAUACUUUACUCAGUGGAUGUUUGAUGUCUGGCGCAACAAGUUCCUUUUCACGGGUAUCAUGGUCGGGUUUAUUACCACAUUCCCUAUUCUUUAUAUUCCUGUGAUUAACCACGUCGUGUUCAAACACACCGGUAUCUCCUGGGAAUGGGGUGUGGUAUUUGUGGAAGCGGUCUUGUUCUUCCUGGGUGUUGAGGCAUGGAAAUGGUGCAAGCGGAUCUUUUUCCGGCGCCCAGCGUACCUUCAAAAGGAUAAGGGCGACAAGAGGCCCCCCAACGACUUCAGUCGCUACACCACGAUGAGCCGGUCUGAUACCCAAGGAACCAGUGACAUGAAGGUCGAGAAAUCCAUGGUUUGA